GGGUGGAGGGGGGAGGAUGGGAGGAAGGGGUUAGGUUUCGGAGGUGGAGGGGGCAUGGAGGAGGACAACGAUGUCGAGGAAAGCGAGGCAUGGUCUGGCGAGGAGGCCGACCGCUUCAUCGAUCCGGAUGCUCUUUGCUACAUUGAUGAGAAAUUACAGAAUGUCUUGGGACAUUUUCAGAAAGAGUUUGAAGCUGGUGUCUCUGCAGAGAACUUGGGCGCAAAAUUUGGAGGAUAUGGUUCAUUCCUACCUACCUACCAACGUUCUCCUAAAAUUUUAUGUCACCGUACAAAUCCACAUAAAGUGGAAAUGCAAACUGUCACCAAAUCUUCCUGCAACAUGCCAGUUAAGGUUACAAACCCAAAGACUUCAGUGACAUUGAGUUCAUCUCUUCCUAAAAGUAAUGCUGCAGCAGUAUCAUUAGAAGAAAAUUCAUGCAAACAGGACACCUGUUUGAGCAAUCCAAGCAUUCAGGACCCUAAUUUACUGCAAACUUCAUUUAGCAAGACAACUAAUGGCUCUGACCACAAAUCACUGAAGCUUCGCAUUAAAGUGGGUCCUGACAAUAACUUGGCUAGAAAUAAUGCUGCUCUUUAUAAUGGUCUAGAUUUCUAUAUUUCUCCGUCAUCAUCUGAGGACAGUCCUGAUGGGAAUAAUGGAAUUUGUCCUGAAUUACAAGAUGGCUCCGAUGAAUCUCCUAUGACUAUUCUGCAGGUUAUGACAUGUUCUCCAGCGCCUGAUGUCCAUUUACUUUCUCCUCUGCAAGAUUGUUUUUGCCAAUUAAUUGAAAAGGAUCUCUCUGUAAGAAAACAAUCCAAAAUAGGAAAAUCCUCCAAGGGAAGGUCUGAGAUUAGUGCAGACUUUACUGGCUUCACUAUACAUUCAAGAGAACUAAAUGGUCAGCCUGAGAAGCCAACUAAAUUGAGCCAGCCGAAUGGGAGAAAAGGUGAAACAAAGUAUUUAGAAGGCAAAGGUAUUAUAGAUAGGGUAACUCGCGCUGAGCUUCAAGCAGAACAAGGGCUUGCUUAUAAUUCUUUUAAUAGGGUUUCCUCCGUUUCAGAAAAUACUAGAAAAGCACAUGGGCAGAUAAAUGAGAACAUCAUAAAGACAGAAAUUAAUCCGCUGGAUCAGUUUAUGAAACUCAAAAUGGCCUCGUCAACAGAUAAGCCAAUUGCUGAUUCAGCUAAGGAUAACAUUGAGUUAGUUGAUUGCACAAUAAAUCACCAGGCUGGCUAUUCAUCAAACAAAACCAAUCAGUUGAAAGGUGAAUUGAGUGAAAAAACAAGCAUCACAGCAAGGGCAUUGGAAAACCAAAAUGCAAAUAAUCAAAAGGAUAGGGAAUUUGAUAUGCAGAGAGAAAGGAGGAACAAGAUUGAUAAGGAUUCAGAUUUUCCAAAUACUGACUCAACUGGAGAGAAGAGAAGGAAUGAGCAUUCAGUUGAAGCUACUGACAACAUUAAGCUCACUUCUUCUCCAUCUAGAGAGAGAAUAUUGCAAUGGAAGGAACAAAUAGCUGACAAGAAAAGGAAAGUGAUUAGUCAAACCAAUUCUAUAGAAGUUAUGAAGGACAACCUUAGUGGAAGCUCAUCUGCAACAAUAAAACAAAAGAAGAAAAAUACUUAUGCAAAAGCCAACCAUGUCGAGAAUAAGUCCAAAGGUCUAAAAUCACAUAAAGGAUUAAAUAGAUCCAGCAUCAAGGAAUUUCAUGCAAACAAAAAUUGUGAUGUCAAAUAUGAUGAGAAUGGAGCUCCUUCAUCAAAUCAUCUAAAGACUAAGAAUAAGGCUAUGAAACGUAAGCAUGAAGAAUCCAUUGUGCUUAGUCAGCCUCUCAAGGAAAGGUCUGGCGGCAAAAAUAUUGAGAAGGAUGCAGUUUCAGGCUUAUCUGCUAGUGAGCCAGUACCUGUACCUUUGGCAUGCAAUGCCCCUGCUAUAGAUGCAACUAUUGCCCCUCAAGUCCCCGUUGUUAUUGAAGAAAAUUGGGUAGCUUGUGACAUCUGCCAAAAAUGGCGUCUCUUACCAUACUGGACAAAUCCACGUGAUUUACCCGGCAAUUGGCAGUGCAGUUUACUGAAUUGGUUGCCAAGGAUGAAUAGUUGUCAUGUUAGUGAGGAUGACACAACUAAUGCCCUACACGCACUGUAUGCUGCCGCCCCUGCUUCAGAAAAUAUUGCUAGCCUCGAUGGUCGGAAACUUUCUGCUGCUAGCACACCAUUGGCUAGAGGAGAUCAUCUUGGCGUGCCUGCUAUUGUGAAGAAGAAAAGUGCUCAGAAAGAUGCUUCAAAUAUAUUGAAUCAAUCAAUCUCUAUUGAGUUUCCUAAUGUUGUAAAGAAGGACAAUGAGUUCACUGUUAAAUGUAAAAGUGUAAAUGAUACAAAUCAGUGUCUACCGGCUGAGGCAAACUUGUUGACUAAAGGUGGGAUUGAUACUUUAGGCAGCUCAACUGGUUUCAGAACACAGAUGCAUAAGUCAAAGAAAAAAGACAAGCAAGAAAAUCAUGAAUGCCAUUCACAUGGAGGUGAACUCAGCAGGAAAAAUGAGAAACAUCCAAAAGCAAAAGUUAAGAGAAUGACUGAUCAAGAUGAUCUUAGAGCAUCGAAGAAGCAUAAGAACGAAAUCUUGCAGAACUCAGAAUGCAAUAUAAAGGAUUAUCCCUCUACAUUAUCUAACGAAGCCCACGAUGAUGUUUGGUUUCCCACUAAUUUUGAGACCAAUGAACAUUUCAGUGCUUCAGAUAUAAAGUCCCUUUCAGCAAAGGAGAAAGUUGACUGGCAAGAUAGUCAGCGGAAGGUGCUUGUGACUAGCCAACACGGGGAUAACACGGUUAUUGCCAAAGAAACUUUUGGUCAACCAGACUAUUGCCCAGAUAAAAAUGCUGAUUUGUCUGUCUCUAGAGGAAAAAGAUGCAAGAUAACUAAGCAUAAUAAUAAGAUGGAGAAAAAACUAACAACUAAAAUGGUUUUGGCUACAUGUGGAGCACCCAGUGAACUGGAUAAGGCUAAUGAGGCUAUCAAUUUUGUCGAGAAAAAGUACCACAAUCUGGAAUUUGACUUCUCAAAAAGGGAUUUCAAAAAGAGCGAUGCCAGCUCUGUGCAACCUGUAGUAGCAGCUAAUUCAAGUUCUUCAAAGGUUUCUAGUUCCCGCAGAAGUAGAUCCAAUCUUCCAGAAGCAAAGGGUUCUCCUGUUGAAUCAGUUUCUUCAUCACCUCUGAGGGUAUCAAGUAGGGAAAAUCAAUCAUGCAAAAGGAAUUCAGAUAAAAAGUAUGAUAUGAUUAAUGCUGAUUAUUCUGCACUGGGAAGCCCGAGGAGAUGUUCAGAUAUUGAAGUUAAUGGGGGAUACAGACAUGCAAAAUCUAGGGAGGAGAUGGGUGCUUAUAUUAAAAAACAAUCAUUGGACAAUCAUAGGGCAACAAAUACUGGUAUUCUGGAUUCUUCAAUGGAGACGGUUGAUCACUUGGUGAAGGUGAGAACCCAAUCAACUGCUGGCAGAUCUGAUGAAAAAAUGCUUGUGAAACAGGGCGUUCAUGAUAAACGUUUGCCUAUAGAGCAUGGAGAAAAUGUAUACAAGGAUGAUUAUCAGGAUAUGAUGAAAGUCAAUAAGCACUGCGAAGGGAUUGACUCCACUCAGCCGAAGCCUAGUAAGAACUCUUCAGGGUUUAAUGAAAAACAUAGAGGUUCAAAGUCUAAUUCAUGUGAGAAUGGGCUUAAGGUUUCAGGCUUUCAUACUGAUUUAAAAAAUUUGAAGCCUCCAAGCAAUACCAAAAGCUACAGACACAAGCUUACUACUGGUUCCUGUAAGGAUGAAAAUGAUGAUCUUCAUGAAAAGUCUGCAAAGGAUGUCUUGCUGAAAAAAGAACAUAGUUCAAGAUGGAUGACUGCUUUGCAAGAUAACAUGGAUGUGAAUGGUUCUUCUAUGCUUCCCAAUCAACAAAGAAAUUUAGAUUCUAAAAUUCAUGAAAAAUCAAUGGAUCAACAUGGAUCAUCUAAGAUACAUAAGCCAGCACUAUUGGCUAGACAAGUUAAUUCAAAGUUCAAGCUAUCCUUGGGGAAUAAGCAAGAAACUCGAGGUUUGGAUUUGUCACCUCUCAAGGCACAUAUAUCAAAUGUUGAUAUAGAUGAAACAGUAAAAUAUGAUGCAUCAAAAGUGGUGAAACAACAUAAGCAUCCAAAUAAUUAUAGUGGAUUGUGCCAUAAUAAUAUGAGACAUGACACUCCUAAUGGCCCUGAUGCAUCCAGUCCAAUUAGAAAGGAAAACUAUUCAAUUCUUAUUAAAGAAGCAAGAGAUCUCAAACACACAGCCAAUCGCUUGAAGAAUGAAGGACUAGAGCUUGAAAGCCUUAGCCUAUUCUUCGAGGCUGCCUUGAAAUUUCUCUAUAUUGCUGCUCGUAUGGAAUUUGUCAAUUUUGAUUGUGCUAAGCUAGCAGAACAGAUGUACUUUGACACUGCAAAACUUUGCAAAUUUGUCGCUCGUGAAUAUGAGAAAAUCAAGGACAUGGCUGCAGCUGCUCUAGCAUACAAAUGCAUCGAAGUAGCCUAUCUGAAGUCUGCAUACUGUAAAAAUCCGAAUGUGAGCAGAGAUCGACAUGAGUUGCAAACUGCUUUGCAGCUUCUUCCUCCAGGGCACGGAGAAGAAGAGGAUAAAAGGGAAGAAGAAAAGAACACAGCAAGAAGAAGAAGAGUCGCGCCAUCGCCGUCACCCAGGUAUUUCCUUCCGCCGCCGCCACCGUCGCUGAGUUGCGCGUCGGCAAGGUAUGAGUUUUUCUUUCGUCUUUUUUGUUUUUCUAUUCUUCACAAAGAAAUCUUCUUCUUCUCUUCUUCUGUUGUUACUUUUCUUCUUUAUCUCUUCUUUGUUUUCUUCAAUUUUUCUUCGUUUCUUCAUCUUCUUCUUUUCUUCUCUUUAUUCUGGUAUCUUCUUUUCUUUAUCUUUUUCUUUGUUUUUUCUUCUUUGUUGAGUUGUUGGUUCGUGUUCGUGUUGCUGUCCGAUUUUGUUUGUUUAUUAUUAUUAUUUUUUUCAUUUUUGUAGAUUGUGUUGCUGCCGGUUUUACUAGCCAUUGAUCGGUUUGCUGGCUACUGUCUGAUUUUUCUUUUUCUUUGUCGUGUUUUUUCAUAUUUUUUUCUGUUUUUCUUUUUGUUUUGUUUUCUAUUUUUCUAUUGCUGAAUGCUGGUACCAAUAUUCGGUUCUGCCAAAUUUUGUCCCGUGUUUAGUGUUCUGACACCUAUAGGCUAUAUCUCAUUAGCCUUAUAUUCCCACUUCAUCAUAUGAUUUGAUGUAUUUGAUAGAUAGAUCCAUAGUUGUACCUUUAACCUUAUUUCUCACGUUGUAGUAUGAUUUGAGUCAUCUGAUUGAUAACUAGAUCUAUAUCCCCUUUGUCAUCAAAUCUCACUUCAGAAUACAAUGCACUUGAUAGCAAGAUUAAUAUCGGAUAGUUGAACUUGAGCAUAGGUGAUAUAGAUAAUAGAUUGCAUUAUUCCAUUGCGCACACUAAAUUCAAGGUCAAUCAUGUUAGUUUCCCUUUUGAUUGGCCUUAAUCAAUGUGUUUAAUAUUGGACAGUGCAUUUAGGCUAGAAGGUUUCGGACUAAUGAUUUGCUUUUAUACUUGUAAGCAUCUGGUACAGUGCUUUUCUUUUGCUAGUACAGUACUUUUCCAUUAAAGUGCUUUUUUAUUUUGUUUUUUAUUUUUUAGACUAGUUUCUUGUUCAAUUAUAAUGGAAGGUUGUAGUGAUACUCCAACGUAUACAUCAAAAGAUCCGGGAUGGAAUUAUUUUCAAAGAGUUAAUCCGAAUAACAAAAAUGAUUUGAUUUGUUACAAAAGGGAGUAUCUAUCGUGCAAAACAACAUCUUGUUGGGGGUUUCGAAAUACUACGACUUGCAAAAAAUAAUUUCGCCUCAUGUACGUGAUGGAGAGAGAAAAGUAAUCUUUCUAAACUUACGACAUUGGACUUUGAGAAUAUAGACUCUCUUGGUGAUGAUAUUGAUAUGGAUGAUAUUGGAGCUAAAGCUGUGCCGCUUAUAAGUACAAGUACAAGUGCUAGAUCAAUGAAUAUACAAAAAUGGCUAAGACAAAUAGGUCCAAUGGAUACGUAUUUUGCUCCUAAUGUGUAAAAAAAAUGUUGAAAAUAGAAAGGGUAAAGAAAGACAAACUAUGAUAAAUGAGGCAUAUAAGAAAGAAUUGAGGGAAAAAGGUUGUAUGACCAUAAUUGAGUGGAUGUAUGAUGCGGCAAUUCCUUUUUAUGCCGUUAACUAUUCAAGCUUCAAAAGAAUGUUGGACUUGUUUGGCCAAUAUGAUAUAGGUCUAAAAGGACCUAGUUAUCAUGAGGUGCGGGUUACUUUUCUAAAAAAAGACUGUUGAUAGUGUGACAAAUGAUUACAUUAAGUCGUGUGAAACAGAACGGGCCAAGUUUGGUUGUAGUUUGAUUGCAGAAGGGUGGACAGACAAAGGUAGAUGACAUUGAUUAAUUUUUUAGUGAAUUCUCCUAAAGGUUCAGUUUUCAUCGUAUCGGUUGAUGCUUCUGAUUAUGCAAAGAUUAGAGUGAAAAUAUUUCAAUUGCUUGAUCGAUUUGUGGAGCAUGUAGGAGAAGCAAAUGUUGUUCAAGUUGUUACGGA